AUGACCCUCGGUGCUACCAGCCAUUCCCGGCGCGCCGGGUUGAUGCCAUGCUGUUCCCGGUGGGGAGAGUGUCUGGUUCCUGCAUCUGUAUCGAGCAGCCGGGCGCCGCUGAUGGAGAGACAGCCUCGCAAGGCCCCUACAGAGCUGUAUGCACAUGCGGUGAAUCCACAGCAGCGAUCCCUCCGCCCAAUAACGGGGGCUCGCGAGCAUAAGACAAGGAGAAACCGACCGCCGGAUCCCACGGCUGCAACGGGUAGCAUGCCUCCGAGUAUCACUGCCGCUGGAGCACCCAAGUGGCCGGAUCCUCAGAUCGGAGCGGUGCCAAGGGAGUGGGGAUCUCGUCCAGCAGACGUCCAGCAGCCGGUCGGCGUGGCUUGGACGCUGCUUGUCGUGCAGAUGUGGAAAUGUUUCGACAGGGGGGUCCCAGAUCCGGAAACUUUAACGAGGUUUCAGCGGCGCCAUCGAACGAACCAGCCCCAAAUGCGGCAAGCCCCCGGCCUUGGUCCAGUUUUCGUCGGGAGGCAGCUUGGAUGUCGGGAACCAAUGGCGCCUGGGGCUUUGCAGUUCAACAACUCCCGUCACUGGAUCCGGACUGAGCUGAACAAGAAUGGUUCAAAGAUGUCCUCAAAUUUACCUCGGUCGACACGGCUCCAGGGGUUGAACGGCCUCCAUCAAACAAUUAGCCCAUCCAGUCACAUCCAGUCACCGCCUGGGGUUGCUGCGUCCUGUGUCACGUCGAUAAAAGUUGUCGGCUUGGCCCGAUUUGAACCGUCAUCGACACACUCGCCAAGGCCGUGA